CUGCGACGCAUCUCAGUAGUGCGCAAGGCCCGAGCAGCCGAGUUGUGUUGGCUAGGCGAUGGAUUAAAAAUCCGUGGUGUUAGAGUGUUUGGUGAGAAAGUAUCCGUGAAAUAAAAUAUCUACGGACUCGCAAGAAAUCCCUGUGAACAGUUAAACCACCCCUAGGAUAUAAUAUUCAUGUGGUCAGUGAAGUGACGGAUUACUGGGCUGUUCUCACACAAAAGAGCGCCCUUCCUCACAGGGUUUAAUCAACAAGAGAUUGAGCUGUUGGUCAGAUUAGCACAAUGACGACCGACAUCUCAGUGGUGCGUACGGGAUGGGAUCCUACGCUACAACAGGAGAUUGUCGACGAGUACGAAUACGAUGGAGGAAAUUCGAGUUCAAGAUUAUUCGAACGAUCGCGAAUCAAGGCGUUAGCCGGUGAACGUGAAACAGUACAAAAGAAAACAUUUCAAAAAUGGGUCAAUUCCCAUUUAGUCCGUUGCUCCUGUCGAAUAGGCGAUCUUUACGUCGACCUUCGCGACGGAAAAAUGCUGAUAAAACUCCUUGAAAUUCUCUCCGGUGAGCGUCUCCCCCGUCCAACAAAAGGCAAAAUGAGAAUUCACUGCCUUGAAAAUGUGGAUAAAGCCCUGCAGUUUCUUCGAGAGCAGCGUGUACAUCUGGAGAACAUGGGUUCCCACGACAUUGUGGAUGGAAAUCCUCGGUUGUCCCUCGGUCUCAUCUGGACAAUAAUCCUUCGUUUCCAGAUCCAAGACAUUACCAUCAAGGAAACACCCAAUCAAGAGACUAAAUCCGCAAAGGAUGCCUUGUUACUCUGGUGCCAGAUGAAAACAGCUGGCUAUCACAACGUUAAUGUCAGAAAUUUUACGACUUCCUGGCGAGACGGAUUGGCAUUCAAUGCUAUUAUUCACAAACAUCGUCCCGAUUUGAUUCAAUUCGACAGACUAUCAAGGUCAAAUGCAAUCUACAACUUGAACAAUGCAUUCAAUGUCGCUGAGGACAAACUUGGUCUCACAAAGCUCCUCGAUGCUGAGGACAUAUUCGUUGAUCAUCCUGAUGAAAAAUCAAUUAUCACUUACGUCGUGACCUACUAUCACUCCUUCUCGAAGAUGAAGCAGGACACUGUUCAUGGUAAGCGUAUUGGCAAGGUAGUGGGUAUAGCAAUGGAGAAUGAUCGGAUGAUUCACGAGUAUGAGAGCAUGACAAGUGAUCUCCUGCGUUGGAUCGAGGGAACCAUUGAGGCCCUAGGGGAUAGAAACUUUGCUAACUCCCUGGUGGGAGUUCAAUCACAGCUGUCACAGUUCUCCAAUUACAGAACAAUCGAGAAGCCACCGAAGUUCGUGGAAAAGGGUAAUCUAGAAGUGCUUUUGUUCACCCUUCAGUCGAAGAUGAGGGCCAACAAUCAGAAGCCCUAUUUACCAAAAGAAGGAAAGAUGAUAUCUGAUAUCAAUAAGGCCUGGGAGAGACUCGAGAAGGCCGAGCACGAGCGAGAGCUUGCUCUUCGUGAAGAACUCAUACGCCAGGAGAAGCUUGAACAGUUGGCAGCGAGAUUCAAUAGAAAGGCGAGCAUGAGGGAGACUUGGUUAUCUGAGAACCAGAGACUUGUUUCCCAGGAUAACUUUGGAUUUGACCUUGCUGCGGUGGAAGCAGCUGCUAAGAAACACGAAGCCAUUGAAACAGAUAUAUUUGCUUAUGAAGAACGAGUUCAGGCUGUCAUGGCCGUGUCUCAAGAGUUAGAAGCUGAGAACUAUCACGAUAUUCUGAAGAUCAAUGAGAGGAAGGUGAAUGUCCUUCGUCUCUGGAAUUAUCUCCUCGAACUCCUCAGAGCUAGAAGAAUGAGACUAGAACUGUCCCUUCAGCUUCAACAGAACUUCCAGGAGAUGCUGUACAUAUUGGAUAGCAUGGAGGAACUCAAGCAGAGACUUUUAACUGAUGACUAUGGUAAGCAUUUGAUGGGAGUGGAGGAUCUGCUGCAGAAGCACUCACUUGUGGAAGCCGAUAUAAAUGUCCUUGGCGAACGUGUGAAGGCAGUCGUCCAGCAGAGCCAGAGAUUCCUGGAACCAGGGGAGGACUAUCGUCCCUGUGAUCCGGCGAUAAUCGUUGAGCGUGUACAGCAGCUUGAGGAUGCUUACUCAGAGCUAGUUCGUCUUGCUGUUGAACGUCGAGCUAGACUCGAGGAAUCCAGAAAGCUCUGGCAAUUCUACUGGGAUAUGGCUGACGAGGAGAACUGGAUUAAGGAGAAGGAGCAAAUUGUUUCCACUGGAGACAUUGGUCACGACCUCACGACAAUUAAUCUUCUGUUAUCCAAGCACAAGGCAUUGGAGAAUGAGAUACAAUCCCAUGACGCACAACUCAUGUCAGUGGCUGCUAUUGGUGAUGAGCUCGUUCGUCAAGAGCACUUCGGUUCACGCAGCAUUCAAGAAAGACUCAAGGAGAUUCUCUCCAUGUGGAAUCACCUGCUGGAUUUGGCCGCCUUCAGGCGUAAGCGUCUGGAGGAAGCCGUUGAUUUCCAUCAACUUUUCGCUGAUGCUGAUGACAUCGACAUCUGGAUGCUGGAUACAUUGAGACUUGUCUCGUCUGAAGAUGUCGGUAGGGAUGAGGCUAAUGUUCAGUCACUUUUGAAAAAGCACAAGGAUGUUACUGAUGAGCUAAAGAACUACGCUGCAACCAUCGAACAACUUCAUCAACAGGCGUCUGGCCUUGGUGAGCACGAUGCUAAAUCUCCGGAAGUACUUGAAAGACUCGCAUCUAUCGAUUCUCGUUACAAGGAACUACUGGAGCUUGCUAAACUACGAAAACAGAGACUCCUGGAUGCAUUGUCAUUAUACAAGCUCUUUAGUGAGUCUGACGGUGUUGAGCAGUGGAUUGGUGAGAAAAAUCGUAUGUUGGAUACAAUGGUACCAGCCAAGGAUAUCGAGGAUGUGGAGAUAAUGAAGCAUCGUUAUGAUGGCUUUGAGAAAGAGAUGAAUUCUAAUGCAUCGAGAGUUGCUGUUGUCAAUCAACUUGCUAGACAGCUUCUACACGUUGAACAUCCCAACUCGACGGAAAUUGUCAAGCGUCAGAAUGAGCUCAAUCAGAAAUGGGCCGAUUUGAGAGAGAAGGCUGAGGGUAAACGUGAGGCACUUAAUUCAGCACAUGGUGUCCAGACAUUCCACAUUGAGUGUCGUGAGACUGUCUCCUGGAUUGAAGAUAAGAAGAGAAUUCUUCAGCAGACUGAUAGCCUGGAGAUGGAUCUUACUGGGGUCAUGACCCUUCAGAGAAGACUCAGCGGCAUGGAGAGAGAUUUGGCUGCCAUUCAGGCAAAGCUGGAUGCCCUGGAGAAAGAGGCGCAGUCCAUUGAGCAAGAGCAUCCUGAGGAGGCUGCUUUGAUUCGUGAGAGAAUUACUCAAAUUCAAACCAUAUGGGAGGAGCUCACUCAGAUGCUCAAGGAACGUGAUGCCAAGCUCGAGGAGGCUGGCGAUCUUCAUAGAUUCCUUCGUGAUCUCGAUCACUUCCAGACUUGGCUCACCAAGACUCAAACUGAUGUCGCCAGUGAGGACACACCAACCAGUCUCGCUGACGCUGAAAAACUUCUCACUCAGCAUCAAAACAUCAAGGAGGAAAUUGAUAACUAUACUGAUGAUUACACCAAGAUGAUGGAGUACGGUGAGAGAUUGACUGCUGAGGCUGGAGAUGGAGAUACUCAGUACAUGUUCCUUCGUGAACGUCUUAAUGCCCUGAAGAUGGGAUGGGAGGAAUUGCACCAGAUGUGGGCAAACAGGCAAAACUUACUAUCAAAUUCUCUCAAUCUUCAGGUGUUUGAUCGUGACGCAAGGCAGGCUGAAGUCCUCUUGUCACAGCAGGAGCAUCAUCUCGCCAAGGACGAGACCCCCUCGAACUUCGAGCAAGCUGAGAACAUGAUAAAACGUCAUGAGGCCUUCAUGACCACAAUGGACGCUAACGACGAGAAAAUUAACUCAGUCGUUCAAUUUGCGGCUAGACUCGUUGAUGAGGGCCACUUUGCAGCCGAUAAAGUGAAGAAGAAGGCUGAGAAUAUCAACGAUAGGAGAAAUAUCAAUCAUGAGAAGGCUAAUCAGCUGAUGGAGAAGCUGAGAGAUCAGCUACAGCUACAAAUGUUCCUCCAGGACUGCGAAGAACUUGGUGAAUGGGUGCAGGAGAAGCACAUAACAGCACAGGACGAGACGUACAGAAGUGCGAAGACAGUUCACAGCAAGUGGACUCGCCAUCAAGCCUUCGAGGCUGAAAUAGCAAGUAACAAGGAUCGUUUGGAGCAACUGCAACGCGCUGCUGAAGAACUCAUCAGCCAGAAGCCCGAGCUCACUGACGUCAUCAAGCCCAAAGUAUCUGAACUUGCUGAUCAGUUUGAGGAACUCGAAACAACAACUCACGAUAAGGGAGAACGUCUGUUCGAUGCUAAUCGCGAAGUUCUCAUCCACCAGACCUGCGAUGACAUUGACUCCUGGAUGAAUGAGCUUGAGAAGCAGAUUGAGAGCACUGAUACUGGAUCAGAUCUUGCAUCUGUCAACAUUCUCAUGCAGAAGCAGCAGAUGAUCGAGACCCAGAUGGCGGUGAAGGCUCGUCAAGUGACUGAAUUGGAUAAGCAAGCUGAGCAUCUCCAACGUACAACUCCAGAUGAUAAAAUGGAAGAGAUCAAAUUCAAGAAGGAGAAGGUCGCACAACGAUUCGCCCAGCUCAAAGAGCCCCUCGUCGAUCGUCAACGACAGCUGGAGAAGAAGAAGGAAGCCUUCCAGUUCCGUCGUGAUGUUGAGGAUGAGAAACUCUGGAUCGCCGAGAAGAUGCCACAGGCAACAAGUACAGAGUACGGAAAUUCUCUGUUCAACGUGCACAUGCUGAAGAAGAAGAACCAGUCCCUCCGAACAGAGAUUGAGAAUCACGAGCCAAGGAUCAACGCUGUUUGCAACAAUGGCCAGAAAUUAAUAGACGAGGGUCACGAGGCCACUCCAGAAUUCCAACGUCUCAUUUCCGAGCUUAACGAGAAGUGGCGUGAACUGAAGGAAGCUAUCGGUGAUCGCAACAAGCACUUGUUGCAGAAUGAAAAAGCCCAGCAGUACUUCUUUGAUUCGACAGAAGCUGAAUCCUGGAUGAGUGAACAAGAGCUUUACAUGAUGGUUGAGGAUCGUGGAAAGGACGAGAUCUCUGCCCAGAACUUGAUGAAGAAGCACGAGUCCUUGGAGCAUGCUGUUGAGGACUAUGCAGAGACCAUCAGGCAGCUUGGCGAGACAGCUCGACAAUUGAUCAACGAUCAGCAUCCGCUGGCCGAUCAGAUAGCUGUAAAGCAAUCCCAGGUUGAUAAACUAUAUGCUGGACUGAAGGACCUCGCAGGGGAGAGACGAGCAAAACUCGAUGAAGCUCUACAACUCUUCAUGCUGAACCGCGAGGUCGAUGAUUUGGAGCAGUGGAUCAAUGAGCGAGAACUGGUGGCUGGUAGCCAGGAGCUCGGCCAGGACUACGACCAUGUGACACUUCUCUGGGAGAGAUUCAAGGAGUUUGCCAGGGAUACCGAGACCAUUGGCUCAGAGAGAGUAGCUGCUGUGAAUGGUAUUGCUGAUUCACUGAUUGCAACAGGACACUCUGAUGCUGCCACUAUUGCAGAAUGGAAGGACGGGCUCAACGAGGUCUGGCAAGAUCUUCUUGAGCUCAUUGAGACAAGGACACAGAUGCUGGCGGCCAGUCGGGAACUGCACAAGUUCUUCCAUGAUUGUAAGGACGUUCUUGGAAGGAUCUUGGAGAAGCAAAACGCAAUGUCUGAUGAGCUUGGACGUGAUGCUGGAUCUGUCUCGGCACUUCAACGUAAACAUGGAAAUUUCAUUCAGGAUCUAUCGACACUGCAGAAUCAGGUGACGCAAAUUCAAGAGGAGUCGUCUAAGUUGCAGGCCAGUUAUGCUGGUGACAAGGCCAGUGAGAUUACUAACAGGGAGGCUGAGGUGGUAGCAGCUUGGAAUAAUCUCCAGGCACUUUGUGAGGGACGAAAAGCCAAGCUUGAGGACACCGGGGAUCUCUUUAGAUUCUUUAAUAUGGUCAGGACACUCAUGAUAUGGAUGGACGAUGUCAUCAGACAGAUGAAUACUUCGGAAAAGCCCAGAGAUGUUUCCGGGGUUGAGUUGUUGAUGAAUAAUCAUCAGAGUUUGAAGGCUGAAAUUGAUACCAGGGAGGAUAAUCUGCUGACGUGCAUCAAUCUAGGAAAGGAUUUGUUGGCCAGAAAUCAUUAUGCCAGCUCGCAGAUUAAGGAAAAAUUGACAGCCCUGACUGAUCACAGAAAUGCAUUGUUGCAUCGAUGGGAGGAACGCUGGGAGAAUCUUCAGUUGAUUUUGGAAGUCUAUCAGUUUGCUAGGGAUGCUGCUGUUGCUGAGGCCUGGCUUAUUGCUCAGGAGCCGUAUCUCAUGAGUCAGGAGUUGGGGCACACUAUUGAUGAAGUCGAGAAUCUCAUCAAGAAACACGAGGCAUUCGAGAAAUCGGCAGCUGCACAGGAGGAACGUUUCAGUGCCUUGGAACGACUUACCACGUUCGAGCUGAAAGAAUUGAAGAGACGAGAGCAAGAACGUGAGGAGGAGGAGAGACGCAAGAAGGAGGAAGCAGCAGCAGCUGAGGCAGCAAGAUUGGCUAAAGCCACACCAGUAACGAGUCCGGAUGAACCCACGAGUGAACGAGCCGAAGCAGACGGUGUGACGAGUGGUGAACGCGGAGACGACGAUCACGUGGCAAUGCGUAAGGCUUCUACACGAACACCGCCAUCCCAAGAAAAGCCCAAGGAAGUGCAUGAUAAGCGGCCCGAACGACUCACCAUACCUGGCGAGACCAAGGGACCAUCUGUUACUCCAACAACUCCAAAAUCCCGUGUCUCGGUACCGUCGACCCCAACAACUCCAAAGGGUAGCGGCUCGGAGUCUGGUACCCUGAAACGUAAGGAGAGAAGUCGCAGCAAGUCGCCAUUCAGAAGUUUCCGAUGGAAAAAAUCACCAAAAUCACCGAGUUUAGAUCGUAGCGGUGUGAGCGAUGAUGAGCAUAGUUUUCACGAAGCUAGAAGCCCAUCUGAUGAUGAAUACGAGGGCACAUUAUCACGUAAACACGAGUGGGAGAGCACGACGAAGAAAGCGUCAAAUCGCUCAUGGGAUAAAGUGUACAUGGUCAUAAGAGGACAAACUCUGGUGGCUUAUAAGGACCUGAAGAGUUGUAAAUCAUCUCCAGACCAGACUUACAAGGGUGAGGCGCCUUUUGAUCUUCGAAGCGCUACUAUUGUCGUUGCCAGCGAUUAUACGAAGAAGAAACAUGUCUUCCGGGUGAAGUCACAAGGUGGAUCAGACUUCCUGUUCCAAGCUAAAGACGACACUGAGAUGAAUGAAUGGGUGGCAGUUUUAAAUCAGGCGGCCCAGGGAACAUCAGGUGCUAGCACGUCCAGGGCACACACCCUUCCAGCACCUACACAAGCUGAGACAAAACGACGCAGCUUCUUCACUCUCAAGAAAAACUAAAUUGGAGGAGUGGAGCUGCAAAAAAAAAAUCUCGCAUAAAAGCGAAAGAAUCCACCAGAAUGUGUCCUACUGGUGGUCCACCCACAAGAUAUUUAAAACCGAGGAAAGAAGAAUUUUGUUCGUCAUCUGACGAAAGCUGUUUUAAUAAAACGCAUUCGAUAAAGAAGAAGAAAUCUUGAACGUUCAGGCCAUAGGAGUCCCGAGAAUCAAUCGAGCGUCAGAUAACCAAUGAAAACAGAUUAAUCCGACGUUUCACUGACUUUCAGGCUGUCUGCAAUAUCGCUAAAAUAGGAAAAAGAGAUAUGUAACAUUCAAUGGUCCCAGGUGAGCCCUGUCGAUUCUCCUUUAAUUGAUUUCUCCAUUAGUGUUCUCAUGAUUAAAUAAUGAAUGAUUAUUUUUGAAAACUGAUAUUUGUCUCUUGUACAAGGUACGAUUAUUUUCAUUGCAAGAGAAUUUUCGAUAAACGAAUGGAUAAAAGUGUUUUGAUAUUCACAUGACAUAUCGGUAUUCAUCGAUAGUAAUGACUCGUUUUGCUAUUGAAAAUUUACAUUUUGUAUUUGAAUUUUAUUAAUUUAUCAGGGGGUAUGCACAGGGUGUUUUCAAUCAACGCACAACAUGUACCAGAGCCCCUGAAUAAGAGAGGCUGAAUAAAAAUGGUUAAAACACCCUGAAUUGUUUUUCUUACGAAUGCUGAACAUAAUUUAUAAAAAAAAAAUUUUAUAAAUUCAGUUAUUGAUUUACUUUUGAUUGUGCGAAGUUCGAGGUUAGCGUUCUGAUGACUGCCAUAUAUUUUAGGGAUUGUGCUCACCUGGGAUGGGAAUUUAUUAUAUUAAAAGAGUAGCUUUUAACGAAUGUUAUAGAAUGCUAUUUGCCCGAUGGCAUAAAAAGUCGUAUUUGAAGUGGUAAAAAAUUGAAAUUAAAUUGAAAUAUUGAAUAUUGUAAUAAUGAGAGUUGUCUCCUCCUUGCGAUCAUUAAGUAUAUAAUGUGAAAAUCAUACAAAACGAUUUUUAAGGGUGAAUUUGGGGGGAAUAUGAGGCAUACAACAACAGAGUAGAUUUCAAAUGUUUUGAUUCUGGUAUUAUUACGAUUGGGAGUAGUUUCUGGCGAAAAUGUCUUCAGAUAUAUUUUGUAGUUUUGCAACUUCUCUACAACAAAUAUCUGGCGACAUGUUCCCUUAGACCCACUCCCUUCGGAGGUAAUACUAAUCUUAAUAAAAAUGUUAAAUUUUACUCUGCAGACAUUUUCUCCCUCUAGCCCCUAAUCAAUAAUUAAUUCUCUCGAACUCGAAGGAUUUGUCGAAUCAAUAUCCCCCAAACAUAAUUUAAUAACAAAUCAGUAUCACGCGAGCCUCCGAAUAAACAAAUUGCAAGCUCUUCACUGCAAUUUUCUUACGAUUUAAAUAAACAAAAACAAUUAAAGCUUAUGAGCUACAUCUAAAUAUUUUCAAAAUGUUAAUUAUCUUUCUUUUGUAGUAUUUAUCACGUGCAUACUGUUUUAUUUUAUAGGAACAUAAGAUGAAAGAAAAUAUUAAGUAAAAUUCUUUACUCUGAUGACAAAACUA